AUGGCGAGUGGCAGCAGAAGAGUCACCAUCCAGCUAGUGGAGGAUGGGGCAGGGGCUGGAGCCAGGGGUCCACAGCCCUUCCGGGGCCAGAACUACGAGGCCAUUCGAGCAGCCUGCCUGGAUUCGGGGAUUCUGUUUCGUGACCCUUGCUUCCCUGCUGGACCUGAUGCCCUUGGCUAUGACAAGCUGGGGCCUGACUCAGAGAAGGCCAAAGGGGUGGAAUGGAAGCGGCCCCAUGAGUUUUGUACCAAGCCCCAGUUCAUCUGUGAAGACAUGAGCAGAACAGACGUGUGCCAGGGAAGCCUAGGAAACUGCUGGCUUCUUGCAGCUGCUGCCUCCCUUACUCUGUAUCCCCGACUCCUAUACCGGGUCGUCCCCCCUGGACAGAGUUUUCAAGAUGGUUAUGCAGGCAUCUUUCACUUCCAGCUCUGGCAAUUUGGUCACUGGGUGGACGUGGUAGUGGAUGACAGACUGCCUGUGCGUGAGGGGAAGCUGAUGUUCGUGCGUUCGGAUCAGAGGAAUGAGUUCUGGGCCUCGCUGCUGGAAAAGGCGUAUGCCAAGCUCCAUGGCUCCUACGAGGUAAUGCGAGGGGGCCACAUGAACGAGGCUUUUGUGGACUUCACAGGCGGUGUGGGUGAGGUGCUUUACCUGAGACAGAACACUCCAGGCCUCUUCUCUAUCCUUCGCCAUGCACUGAUCAAGGAGUCCCUUGUGGGUGCCACUGCCCUGAGUGAUAAGGGUGAGAUUCGCACAGAUGAUGGGCUGGUGAAAGGACAUGCAUAUUCAGUUACCGGCACACAUAAGGUGUCCCUAGGUUUCACCAAAGUACGGCUACUGCGACUGAGGAACCCCUGGGGCCGUGUGGAGUGGAGUGGGCCCUGGAGUGACAGCUGCCCACACUGGGAUGCACUCCCCUCUGAGUGGCGGGAUGCCCUGCUGGUCAAGAAGGAGGAUGGUGAAUUCUGGAUGGAGCUCCAGGACUUCCUCACUCACUUCAACACGAUCCAGAUCUGCUCACUGAGCCCUGAAGUGCUGGGUCCCAGCCCAGCAGGAGGUGGCUGGCACAUACACAUCUUCCAGGGUCGCUGGGUGCGCGGCUUCAACUCCGGGGGAAGCCAGCCUAGUGCUGAAACCUUCUGGACCAAUCCGCAGUUCCGGCUGACACUGCUGGAGCCAGAUGAGGAAGAGGAUGAAGACUAUGAAGAGGGGCCUUGGGGAGGAAGGGAGGUUCGGGGCCCAGCAAGAGGGGCUCGCAUCCCCAAGUGCACAGUCCUCUUGUCACUCAUCCAGCGCAACCGGCGGUGUCUGAGAGCCAAGGGCCUUACUUACCUCACCGUGGGCUUCCAUGUGUUUCAGAUUCCAGAGGAGCUGCUGGGCCUCUGGGACUCCCCGCGCAGCCGGGCGCUUUUGCCCAGGCUGCUGCGCGCCGAUCGCUCUGUCUUCUGCGCUCGUCGUGAUGUGAGCCGCCGCUGUCGCCUGUCUCCAGGCCACUACCUGGUGGUACCCAGCGCCUCCCGCGCAGGCGACGAGGCCGACUUCACGCUGCGAAUUUUCUCUGAGCGCAGCCAUACAGCAGUGGAGAUAGAUGACGUCAUCAGCGCAGACCUGGAGGCCCUCACGGUCCCCUGUAAACCUUUGGAGCUGGCGAUGGCACAGCUGUUUUUGGAGCUGGCUGGUGAGGAGGAGGAACUUGAUGCCUACCAGCUGCAGACCUUAAUCAGCAUUGCUUUGGAGCCUGCCAGAGCCAACACGAGGACCCCUGGAGAGAUUGGGCUCAGGACCUGUGAGCAGCUCAUACAGUGUUUUGGGCAUGGGCGAAGCCUGGCCCUCUACCACUUCCAGGAACUCUGGAGCCACCUCCUGGUGUGGCAGGCUACAUUUGACAAAUUCGAUGAGGAUGCCUCCGGGACCAUGAACUCCUAUGAACUGAGACUGGCACUAAAUGCUGCAGGUUUCCACCUGAACAACCAGCUAACCCAGGCCCUCACUAGUCGCUACCGGGACAGCAGGCUACGUGUGGACUUCGAGCGCUUUGUAUCCUGCACAGCCCAGCUUACCUACAUCUUUCGCCACUGUAGCCAGCACCUGAAUGGAGGUGAGGGGGUCAUUUGCCUGACCCACAAAGAGUGGUUGGAGGUGGCCACGUUUUCCUAG